AUGAACGUCCGACGACUGCCCGGUUUCAUGUACCACUACAAGGUGGUCACGCUGCUCCUCUUCACGACCAUGCUCCUCGUCAUCUAUCUGCUCCUUCACUGGGGUAUUAUGUGCACGAACCUCGAAGCCUGGCGGCACGUAUCCAACGUGCACGCACAAAAAAGGGGCUGCGAUAGGAAUUCUCUGCGACCCGCUAUGCGCAGAGAGAGGGAUUCACUCGCUCGCGUGCGAAACUCUUCACGCUGGCAAAGAAGCGGUGUUCUCGGCCCACUGGGAGACAACGCGACUUGUAUUCAAGGCCUCGAGCGAUCGAUGCGAUCUCUGAAAGAAUCAAUUGGAGAAAGAGAAGCGCAUCUGAAAGGGCAAACUCAUUGCGAUGAUUGUGAUUUCAGAACGAAGACCCCGGUGGAGCAGUUCGAGUCGUUGUUCUGGACGGACGCGUCCGGCACAAAGCACUUCCCGUCCGAGACAGACUUCAACACCAUGAUCAAAGAUCUGGUCGUUAGCAAGCUGAACGUGACGCUGUCGCAGCAUCAAUUAGAGAGGCUCGCGCGACUUCGUACGCAUCGUGUCGAGACCGAGCCCAGAAGGCGACAGCUCGAGAUGGAAAAUCUCUGGCCGCUGCUGCAGGAGAACGAGUACCUGAUGAGCAUACUGUACGAGGACAGAGACAUUUUUCCACAGUUGAUUGGCACAUGCGGCACCUUCUACGCGGUCGAGUACGUACGGCCUAUAGAAACACCCACGACAAUCCUCGCGCUGUCCGAUUCGAAGCCGGAAUGGGCGAAACGAUUGAAGCUGGCCGUGAUGAUUCUCGACCUGUUGGAAGAACUGGACACCAACUUCCCCGAACCGAUCCAUCUGUGCGACGUGAAGAUAAACCAUUUCGGUUUGCCUCUCGGCGGCCAGAAGCUCAAGUUCCUCGACCUGGACGCGGUGUUUCCUAAAACGAUUAUCAGCCGUAUCACCUCGGACAGCAAGAGAUGCGAAAAGCACGAGGACUGCGACUACUUCGACUGCAGGUCCUUCUGCUCGAAGAACAAACGAUGCGAGUCGCCGGUCGCCAACAAUAACUUGCAAAUUGUAUGCGAGAAAAUAUUUCUCGGCUGGACUCUCUCAGGGACUAUUAUAAUUCCUGGAUUACUCAUGUCGGAGCACACCACCAGCACACUGGCCGUAUUAUUACGACAAUGCGCGAAUCCAGCCGGUGACAUCGAACAUUUACCACGUGCUGCGGUACCGGAUAAUUUGAAAACACGACUGUACAACAUGCUGCACGAAAUGGAACAAGAAGUUGCUGCUUCCGUAUAG